AUGGACGAUGUCAACACUCACCAACAGUUGAGACCGUACUACGAUCCUGACACCUUUAAUGCGGGCUACAGUUCCGUUUUCAAGCCCGAUCAAGGCGUGGUAGACAGCCACGGCCGCAGCAUCGCAUCCAAACUCAGCAUAAUGCAACAAUCCAAAUCCAGGCUAUCAAAAUCUCUGAACGAGCCAGGCAUCCUGUCGCAACUGUCUGCGGGCGUGAAAUCACAAGUACGAGGGUCAGACGCCUCGGUCGAGAAAGUCCACAAAUCGUUCAACGACAUGGAAUGGAACGAUAUCCUGAACUGGAGGUCCUGGAAGAGCAUAGGUUCCAACCUUCUGGAGCAGUUUCUGCGACACUAUUUCAGACACCUUGUUCAACAGCCUUUUGAAGUUUCGCGGCUGCUGUUGCAAGUCGGGGAGUUUCAUUUUACCAAACCCACAGAUAACACCAAAAUCUCGCUGGAAAUGAGCGAUGCAGACGCCGGAAAUGCAUAUGUUGACGGAGCAGACGACGAGAACGAGGAAGAGAUCGAGUUCUUCCCCCAAUCGUAUCCUGACGACGAUCGCAAUUGGUCAGAAGCGCCGGCCACUUCUAAGGUGCACUUGAAUCACGACCAUACCGCACCUACCCUAACCAAACAGAUCCAACCAAACUCGUUGCACACUAUGGAUGUUCUCAAUUCCGUGAUGGAAGAAGAGGGCACACGGGGUCUCUGGAGAGCCAACAACACUACCUUUAUUUACAACUUUCUAUCAGUGACGCUGGACGCCUGGUUCACGGGUCUCAUCAGUCCCUUUUUGCAAAUUCCAGACCCAUAUUUCAUUGACAUCGUGCACUCUUCAGACACGCGCAAGUCUAUCGUCUUGACAGUAUGCGCCAGUGUCUUUACUGGGUUUGUACUUCUUCCGUUAGACCUCAUCAGAACAAGACUUACUAUAACUUCCGUGAAAAUCGAACACCGUAGCUUGCGCAAUUUGCUGAAGAAAUGGUCUUGGAGACAACACCUCAGCGGACUCCCAUUCGACAUGAUUGCCUUGAACAUCGGUCAUUCCCUGACGUCCACAGUGUUCACCAAACUCACGGGCGUCCUGUUAUACCACCAAUUCAAGAUCGACAGAUUUACCCAGGCCGUAUGGUACAACACUUUGGAACUUCUGUCCGAAAUGCUUGAGCUUUUCGUCAAGCUGCCCGUGGAAACGCUCUUGAGACGCUGUCAAACGGCCUAUUUGCUGAGAAAGAAACCCGAAGAUCCUUUCCCCGUCGCGAAAGCCAACAUGGUUAUCAACCCACGCGAAUACAAAGGAAUCUACAGCACAUUGCAAGACAAAAAACGGAUACACGAGCUGUGGAGUGGAUGGAGGCUUGGACUCCUGAGUGUGUUUUGCAGCUAUGGGCUGAAGAUGAUGAACUUCGAGGCGACCGAGGAAGAAAAAUUUUGA